AUGGCCUUCACGGUGCUGUUCGCGGCGCUGCAGUUCGCGGUUGCGCUGACGGCCAUCGUGGUGACCUCCAAGAUCGUAGGCCCGCGCCUGUACUACUACCACACGAGGAUCACAACGCACAACAUGGACGCGCUUUGGUCGCGGAACGUGUCCUUCGUGGCGCUUCACCCGGGGGGGAUGGACGAUAUGGGGAUGGGGGGUGCGGGGUUUGACAGCGUUACGGCUUCGCAGGGCAACCGCAUCAUGCCAUCGCACCUUGACUCCGUAACCUUGACCAUCCUCCCUGUCCUUCUUGUGACCCUCUGGACGACGAUGACGAUCUUCAAGCUGCCAGAGAGCAGGCAGUCGUGCUCGAAGAUAUCACCCGAAGACUCCUACUCACAUGAAGCCAUGCAGGAGCACGCCACCUGGCACAUCCUCUUCUUUGGCAUCCUCUUCGUCCUGAACGCGGCCUUUGUCGUCUACGUCUGCAGCCCGGUCGAUCUACCCGUCGUCACCUUCGUCACCUGCAUCCUCGUCCUGGCGGGGGAGAUCGUCACGCUCCCGCGCGGGGAGGAGGAAGGGCAUACGCUCGCUAACUUCCUUCGGUCUCUGUCGCUAUUGCUAAUGCUGAUUGUGUAUACCUUCCUGUACUCCCAAGCCAGGAACGACACAGAAGGAGUCAUGGCAGCCGUCGCCACCCGCUUCUUCCUGGACAUGAUCCUCGUCAUCUGCCACACAGGGAAUGGAGUCGUCAUGGAGCACAUCGUGGAGUGCCGCGUCCUGUACGUCGUCUGCAACAGUGUCCUCCUGACAUCGCUCUAUGCCUGCUGGGGGAGGUGGAGGUAA